GUUUCUUUCUCAUGAAAUUAUUGAUAUCUGACCAGCGCAUGCGAGUUGAUAACACUAAACAUUCCAAAGUACAUUGACGGUAAGAAUGGCACUGAUACCGCCCGUUACACGACUAUCCUCUUCCAUUAUAAGGAUUUUGGGAUGCAAUCCCGGGCCGAUGACAUUGCAAGGAACCAACACCUAUCUGGUGGGGACGGGUAAAAGACGUAUAUUGAUAGAUACUGGAGACCCCGAUGUACCGGAAUAUAUCAAACAUCUUAAUGGGGUGUUGAAAGAAGAAAAGGCUUCCAUUGGUACCAUUUUGCUGACUCAUUGGCAUCAUGAUCAUGUUGGUGGCGUUAAAGAUGUUUUGAAAACAUGCGCCGAUAAAGUAAAUCUUCAUAAAGAUUGCCAGGUAUUUAAAUUUCCUCGCACGGAUGCUGAAGAUGUGUGCCCUGAAAUACCAAGUGACAUUAAAGUAGAAAAGUUGCUGGAUCAACAAGUUUUCGAGGUGGAAGGUGGUAAAGUGAAAAUCCAUCACACACCUGGUCAUACCACAGAUCAUGUGAUUCUAACAACCGAGGAGGGUACUUUGUUCAGUGGCGAUUGUAUAUUGGGUGAGGGCACCGCAGUCUUUGAAGACCUUUAUGACUACAUGAAAAGCUUAGACAAAAUCCUCAAUAUCAAACCCUCUGUCAUCUACCCCGGCCAUGGCAAUGUAAUUGAAGAUCCCUUGGAGAAAAUUAAAUACUAUAUCAAUCAUCGAAAUCAGCGGGAACAACAAAUCUUCAAUUGUUUUGUCGAGCACAAGGAUAAAAAAAUGCAAGCCAUGGAUGUGGUAAAAAUUGUCUACAAGGAAACACCCGAACAGCUCUGGCCUGCUGCAGCCUACAAUGUUAGCCACCAUUUAACCAAAUUACAAAAAGAGGGAAAACUGCAAAUGUUGCCAAAUCCCGACAAUGCUGAUGACAAUUUUUAUGUCUUCCAAAAGUCGAGCAGCUUGUAAACUAUAUGGGAAUUAAAUUUCUUAAAUAAUAAGUUUUAUGUUUUAUUUCUGUUUAACAAAAAAGUGUGAUUAUAAUAAACUAACGUAGAGCAAAGCAAA